GCUAGGUGGCGGCCAGGCGGCUCAUCCCCCGGUGUCAUGGCGUCCUAACAGCAUCGGACUGAAUGAGAGCAAAAACAAGCCUUUUUGUCUCCGAGGCCCGACACGCUAUCGUCCUUCCCACAAGCCCACGUCGCGACCGAGGGGCUCGGCCUCGCUUUUCGUCACCCACGGCCGCCCUCCGGGAGCCCGAAUACACUUGACUUUCAGCGUUAAAUCUCCCGACGUGAACGGUGGAAGAUGGCCGACCCGGCGGAGUGCACCAUCAAAGUGAUGUGCCGUUUCAGGCCGCUCAACAGCUCCGAGGUGACCAGAGGAGACAGAUACAUUCCCAAGUUCCAAGGGGAAGACACUGUUGUCAUCUCGAGCAAACCGUACAUGUUUGACCGAGUUUUUCAGUCCAGCACAACACAGGAACAAGUCUACAAUGCCUGCGCCCAAAAGAUUGUAAAAGAUGUUCUGGAAGGAUACAAUGGAACAAUUUUUGCCUAUGGCCAGACGUCCUCUGGAAAGACACACACCAUGGAGGGGAAUCUCCAUGACACAGACUCAAUGGGAAUCAUCCCCAGGAUAGUUCAGGACAUCUUCAACUACAUUUAUUCCAUGGAUGAAAACCUGGAAUUUCAUAUCAAAGUUUCCUAUUUCGAAAUUUACUUAGACAAGAUCCGGGACCUUUUGGAUGUGUCAAAGACCAAUCUUUCAGUGCAUGAAGACAAAAACAGAGUACCAUAUGUUAAGGGCUGCACUGAGCGCUUUGUGUGCAGCCCGGAGGAGGUCAUGGACACCAUCGAUGAAGGCAAAUCCAACAGACAUGUAGCAGUCACAAACAUGAAUGAGCACAGCUCCAGGAGUCACAGUAUCUUCUUAAUCAACGUCAAGCAGGAGAACACUCAAACAGAGCAAAAGCUCAGUGGCAAGCUCUACCUGGUGGAUCUGGCUGGAAGUGAAAAGGUCAGUAAAACGGGAGCCGAGGGAGCUGUGCUGGACGAAGCAAAGAACAUCAAUAAGUCUCUGUCGUCCCUCGGGAAUGUCAUCUCGGCCCUGGCUGAAGGAACGGCCUAUAUCCCGUACCGAGACAGCAAGAUGACCCGUAUCCUGCAGGACUCGCUGGGUGGUAACUGUCGAACCACUAUUGUCAUCUGCUGCUCACCUUCCUCCUACAAUGAGGCUGAAACCAAAUCCACUCUCAUGUUUGGACAAAGAGCAAAGACCAUCAAGAACACUGUCACGGUAAACAUUGAGUUGACAGCAGAACAGUGGAAGCAGAAAUAUGAGCGGGAGAAAGAGAAGAACAAGACCCUCAGGAACACAAUCACCUGGCUGGAAAAUGAGCUCAACCGCUGGAGAAAUGGUGAGAGUGUGCCGGUGGAGGAGCAGUUUGACAAGGAGAAGGCCAAUGCAGAGGUGCUGGCGCUGGACAACAUCAUCAACGACAAGCCCGCGUCCACGCCCAACGUGCCUGGCAUCCGCCUCACCGACGUGGAGAAAGACAAGUGUGAGGCCGAGUUGUCCAAACUCUACAAGCAGCUGGAUGAUAAGGAUGAAGAGAUCAACCAGCAGAGCCAGCUGGCCGAGAAGCUGAAGCAGCAGAUGCUGGAUCAGGAGGAGCUCCUGGCCUCCUCGCGCCGUGAUCACGAAAACCUCCAGGCCGAGCUGAACCGUCUGCAGGCGGAGAACGAGGCCUCCAAGGAGGAGGUGAAGGAGGUGCUGCAGGCCCUGGAGGAGCUGGCCGUCAACUAUGACCAGAAGAGUCAGGAGGUGGAGGACAAGACCAAGGAGUUUGAAGUCAUCAGCGAGGAGCUGAGCCAAAAGUCGUCCAUCCUGUCAUCUUUGGACUCUGAGCUGCAGAAACUGAAGGAGAUGUCCAACCACCAGAAGAAGAGGGUCACUGAGAUGAUGUCAUCACUGCUCAAAGAUUUAGCUGAAAUUGGCAUUGCUGUAGGCAGCAAUGAUAUCAAGCAACACGAGGGCGGCAGUGGUCUGAUCGACGAGGAGUUCACAGUGGCACGCCUGUACAUCAGCAAGAUGAAGUCGGAGGUGAAGACAAUGGUCAAACGCUGCAAGCAGCUAGAGAGCACACAGUCGGAGAGCAACAAGAAGAUCGACGAGAACGAGAAGGAGCUGGCCGCCUGCCAGCUCCGUAUCUCGCAGCACGAGGCUAAAAUCAAGUCCCUAACAGAGUACCUGCAGAACAUUGAGCAGAAGAAGAGGCAGCUGGAGGAGAAUGUGGACUCUCUAAAUGAGGAGUUGGUCAAACUCAGCGCUCAGGAGAAAGUCCAUGCUAUGGAGAAGGAGAAUGAGAUCCAGACUGCCAAUGAAGUUAAGGAAGCCGUGGAGAAGCAGAUCCACUCUCACCGUGAGGCACACCAGAAGCAGAUCAGCAGCCUGAGAGAUGAGCUGGACAACAAGGAGAAGCUCAUCACCGAGCUGCAGGACUUGAACCAGAAGAUCAUGCUGGAGCAGGAGAGGCUGAGAGUCGAGCACGAGAAGCUCAAAUCCACUGAUCAGGAGAAGAGUCGCAAGCUGCACGAGCUCACGGUAAUGCAGGACAGGCGGGAGCAGGCCAGGCAGGACCUGAAAGGUCUGGAGGAGACAGUGGCCAAGGAGUUGCAGACCCUGCAUAACCUGAGGAAGCUUUUCGUCCAGGACUUGGCUACUCGAGUGAAAAAGAGCGCUGAGAUGGACUCUGACGACACUGGGGGCAGCGCGGCACAAAAGCAGAAAAUUUCCUUUCUUGAGAACAAUCUUGAACAGCUCACCAAGGUUCACAAACAGCUGGUGCGUGAUAAUGCAGAUCUUCGGUGUGAGCUUCCUAAACUGGAAAAGCGCCUUCGUGCUACGGCUGAGCGGGUCAAGGCCCUGGAGUCUGCACUGAAGGAAGCCAAGGAGAACGCCGCCCGCGACCGCAAGCGUUACCAGCAGGAGGUGGACCGCAUCAAGGAGGCCGUCAGGGCCAAGAACAUGGCCAGGAGGGGACACUCAGCCCAGAUUGCUAAGCCCAUCCGGCCAGGGCAACAGCCGGUGGCGUCCCCCACUCACCCCAACAUCAACCGUAGUGGAGGAGGCUUUUACCAGAACAGCCAGACUGUGUCCAUCAGGGGUGGCGGUGGCAGCACCAAAACAGACAAGAACUGAAGAACGAGCAGGAAAGGAGGACAUCACAGAAGAAGCCAAUAACAACCAACCACCCUCCCCUAUCUUCAGAGAACCCCGCAUCCCACCCGUCAAACCUGUCAUUCCAUUACAGCAGACAGGCUCCUCGUCGCUGCUUUAGAGCUGCCAAGGAGUCUCUGAAUUAUAAAUAUAUAUUCUUGGCUGUACAGCUCCAACCAUUCACUCCCUGCUUCCCUCAGCCCCCCCGAGCCCACCCACCCAGCACCCUCCUCAUCAUGACUCCUCACUUCCCCCGUAAUAACACAAAAAGACAACAGUGAAUUUACAGAUGCUAAUAAUCGUAUCCACUCAACCAACCAAACAGUCUUGAGCGCAGCCUUGGUGAGCGAAACUGCACGCGACUUGAAUGUGUAGCUUUCGGGUUUUUUUAAACUUUUUUUUUUUUUUUUUUGCACAUGUCUGUCAUCAUCGUGCGAGUAGUUUUGCACUGCCCAGAGCUGAAUGUAACGGUAGCAAGACCUGAAAAUAACAAAAAAAAAGACCAAAAAAAAACCUCGCCCUGUCACGAGACAUAGCUCCACCCUUUUAGGCUAACCUUUGUACAUUUAAACAUUAGCGCCACUUUUCUCAUGCUAGAUUUGACAGGCUUCUUUAAGGAGGACAGAAUAUAUAUAUACAUUACAGAAAAAAUGAAGUGGAAAUGGCUAGAUGGCAUCAAACACUACUGUUGUGUCCAGUCUUUGUUGUACAGAUGUAAAAUCGGCACUGCACGCACACACCUGGUUGCACAGCUGGAUGGUGGGGGGGGGGGCUAAGGAGGGUGGGGCUUGGAAAAAAAACAAAGCCAAGAUGUGCAACAGUGUACUGUAGAUGUAUUUAAGUCAAUACCUGUGGAGGCCAAUUGUUUUUAUCGUUAAGUUAAAUCUGUACUUGUUAGAAGGAUGCAGAAAGAGAAUGUAGGGAGGAAGAGAAUGAUCCAGUCAACACUUUUUAAAAAGCCUGCUAUGCUAUGGAACUCCCAUGUGCUGUUUUUACCUCUUACUGGUGGAUGGAUGCUAUUUAUAUCUGCACAUACAGUAGUAAAUUUGGGGCGUACGUUUAUGACAUGCCGCACUCGUCCUGUCCCAGGUGGGUCGCAAAAGUUUUUGAUCCAACUUUCAACUUCAAGGGCCCCCCGACCCCCUCCAAAUAAUAGAGGUGGCAAAUGUGUUUUUCACUGGGUUUGAUGUACUGUAUCGCUUUCCGUACUCUAGAUUGCAGGGAGGGGCUGGGGGGAGGGGGUCUUGUCGAUGAUUCGGACCCUUCGCUGCUGAUCAGCCAGUCAGGAAAGCAGGGUCGGGAAUUGCACAACAAUCUAUUGUCGUCUGAGGAAGGAUUUAUAUUUAACAAGUGAGAGGUGUAUGAUUAUUAAUUACGUAAUGUGCUGUGUUUGCAUUAUUUUGCCUCACCCCCCCACACGUUUUUUUUAAUACCACAUUUUUUGUUUUUUUGUGAAGCCCCAGUGCAUUGACUCAGAUCAUAUUUGUGAUUGUAACCCCAGCAUGAGGAGGCUAAAACAAUGUACAAGUGCAAUAUAAACUGUAAAAUACACUGUAUAUCAGGUCAUGUUUGACCACACACACAUUCUUCUCAUAUUUAUGCACAGAUAAAACAUGAACUGGUUAUUUAAGGAUAAAACUCAAGAUUGUCAGACUUGACAGUGCAGUGCAAAAUAUGAACCAAUAUGUCAACAAUCAUCUAGAUUGACGAAAGUAGGGGUUGGACAUUUGGGUUAACAGCACUUGUUCACAAAAUAAAAGCACUCCAUAUGUUUUUGCCUAAAAAGUGAAACUGUUGUAUUGCUGAGCUGUGGGCUGUGCUAGCGGCCCCCAUGUCUGAGACAGGACAGUGUCUGGAUGUCAAUUUGGGUGGUUUAUUCCAUGUAACCUUAAUAAUAGUCUAAAAUAGUAAAGUCUUUUUAGCAUGGACCUCAAAAUGUUUAUCCUUUCUUUGACCUCCCACCAAAACUGGAUAUGAAAUGGAAACAUAGUUCAAAAUAAAAGAAUCUGUGGCUCCCAUUGAACAUUACAUUCGUUCUAAAUUAAAGAAAAAUAAGGUGUUGCCACGUUUUUUAUUACUGUGUAAUAGUUGGUCAAGUUUUAAAGGGCAGGUGUUUUUUUUUGUUUUUUUGGGGAUCCAUGGAUGGACAAAGGUACUGGAUCAUUCCUGGCUAACCGGGGCACAAAUGGGCUCUGACAUGGACGGAGACGGGAUUGUUAAUGAGAUCAUGGUUUUGGAUUGACUGCAUGAUGUAAAUGUAUGUGUGAUUAAAUAAUUAUGAAUAAACAUUCAUCUCUGUUUCUUUGGUAAUUUAAAA